AACUGGAGGAGGGGGGAGGAGGACAGAGCAGAGCCAGAAGGAGGGAUCUGUACUCAUGGUUAAUGACAUCUCUCCUGCGCUAUCCAGACAGACCUCUGCACUGAAACCUGAAACCUGCAGCGGUUGCACGGUUCCCCAAUCAGUCACAUGUGCCCUGCUCUCCCUCUCACUUUGCUUUUUGCAAACUGGUUUCAGUCACCCUUCCACCAGAGGGGAUUUCAAGCUGAGAAACGUCUUCCACCCUGAAUGAUCCGGACAGGAAGCCAUGCAUCCAGGAGCCCUGCGUCCCAUCAGCCUGUGUGUGGUGUUUUGCAUCACCAGAAGCCUGGCCACACAUUUACAUCCUUACGGUUCCCUAGAGGGAAGUACAGACGAGGAAGAGCUUAGUCUCAUAAAUUCGUCUGUCGCUCCCAGAUUUCACCCCACUGAGUACCAAACCACACCACCAGAACCGUCACGAGAAGAAAGAAACCUCGGCGAGUUCACCAAGUUCCUGGAGGAGAACAUGCUCCUCGUCCUUGUUUCAAGCACACUCAUCUUUCUCACCCUCCUCAUUACCUGUGGAGCGUUUUUCAUGAGCCGCAGGCUCAAGGUGAACUCCUACCACCCUUGCUCCUUCCCCUCAAAAAUGUACGUGGACCAUCAGGACAAGACCGGAGGCACCAAGCCCUUUAGCGAAGUGCAAGGCAAAGCCGUUCCUGAGCUGGAAAUGGAGCCAGUGGACUCCAACAAGCAGCUACAGGCUGAAAUCUUAAGAGCUGCAAGCAGCCUACGAACGCCAACUAAAUGUCCUCAGGCUGCAGAAAGCAGUGAGACAGCAGCAGACCCCAGUCCUGAGGGCGACUUGAAACCAGAUCACGGCAUCCUGGAGCAGCAGCUACCGACGCUGCCUGAGGAGGAGCAGUGUGAGCUUCUCGACAGCAGGGAAGUUGAGACAGCAAGUUUGGAGUCGGACCAUCCAGAGCAUCUUCACCCGGGAGACGGGGAUUCAGAGGAGCCUCUGACCGGAAGGAGCCUCCGGCCAUCGUCUCUGCACAUUCACAAUGAAACUGCUACACUGCAGCUGAUCGCUGGGGAUAAAACGGCCUUCUAAUCAGUUUUAAUGAGACAAGCUAAGAACUUAUUCACAGGGAUCCUCCAGCAGCAUUUCAUUCUCAUCAAAAAUGUGUAAUUUUGUAAAGAAAACAAAUCUUGUAAACUCAAGUAGUAAGACGUUUUAGCAAAGUACUAAAACUAUGACUGCAUGUUGAAGGGUCUUGUAAUUGCAUUCAUGUACUUGAACUUUUUAUAUUUUUUUUUUGUGUUUCAACCACAAACUUCAGUCUACUUAACUGAGACUGAAUUUAUACAUUAACAUGAAGUAGAGCGUUCAUUUUGAAGCUUUUUUCUUCUUCUUUUCAAAUAAAAAUGAUAAAUGUUUGGUAUGUAUUUGUAUACGGUCCCCAUUUACCAAGCUAAGAGCUUAUUUCAUUUCUCUGCAUUUCUCCAGCAGGGACAGGUAAGCCAGUCAGAGUUGAUGGGAGGAUGGCUUGACACAACAACAGGGAAUUACCAGAAGAAAACCUGCUAAAUGUUGCAGGAUUUGAGACAGAGAUUCACCUGGUGGUUGCAGCAUCAUGCUGUGGGAAGAGGCAAACAUGGAUGGAGCAAAAUACAGGACAGUACGAUGAAACAGAAUUCAAACAGCCCUAAACGUCCCGCCAGAGUUGAUUAACAUCAAACAUAUUCCUAUCUUAAACUGGCCCAGUCAAAGUCCAGAGCGUAAUUUCACAAUGUGUGGGACUGUGGGUAGUUUUGCAGCUGUAUUUGUGGUGAAAAGUAGAGCUACGCAAUAUAUUGCAGCAGAAUUUUCAUUGCAACACCAAUUUGUGCAACUGCAGCACAAAGGACCACUUGGAUGCUUAUGAUGCUACAACCAUUCAGGUGACCCUGUUUGCUAAAAUCAUUCUAGAUGAUUCUGAGACUCUCAGUCAACAAGAUACAGAUCUUGGAGAGGAAGUUUGGAAAGCUUAAGAACAACAAUAAGGGCACUGUGAUUGUAGAAAGUGCUGAGGAAUAUGUGGGCUAAAUAUUAUCAACAAUAAUAAUUUUCACAAUGUUGUGCAACCCUACGAUGAAGUACCAUAAUGCCUUAUAUUGUGGUCAUUGUGAAUUAGUAUUGAUUUUGAAAUCAGGAAUCAAUUUCUUUCCAUGAUGAUGCACUACUUUGUCAGUCUAGAAAUUAAAAUCCCAAUAAAAAGUAUUAACAUC